GCCCUGGCAGGAUCAGUACCCGAAGGUGCCGGCGGGUUGGACGGCCAGGUCGGGCGAGGAACGGGCGCGCUCGCCCUGCCUCCGGGGCCGCCACCCUGCGUCCGCCGGCUGCAGAUGGGCGCCCGGGGCGCCGAAGAUGCGGGCGGGCCGGGGCGAGACGCCGGCGCCGGCCAGGGAGCUCUUCCGGGACGCCGCCUUCCCCGCCUCGGACUCCUCGCUCUUCUUCAACCUGUCCACGCCGCUGGCCCAGUUCCGGGAGGACAUCACGUGGCGGCGGCCCCAGGAAAUCUGUGCCGCACCCCGGCUGUUUCCAGACAAGCCCUGGGAAGGGCAGGCGAAGCAGGGGCUGCUGGGGGACUGCUGGUUCCUGUGUGCCUGCGCCGCCCUGCAGAAGGGCAGGCACCUCCUGGACCAGGUCAUUCCUCCAGGACAGCCCAGCUGGUCCGACCAGACGUACCGGGGCUCCUUCACCUGUCGCGUUUGGCAGUUCGGACACUGGGUGGAGGUGACCACGGAUGACCGCCUGCCGUGCCUUGCAGGGAGACUGUGCUUCUCCCGCUGCCAGAGGGAGGACGUGUUCUGGCUUCCCUUGCUGGAAAAGGUCUACGCCAAGGUCCAUGGGUCCUACGAACACCUGUGGGCAGGGCAGGUGGCGGAUGCCCUGGUGGACCUAACUGGUGGCCUGGCAGAAAGGUGGAACCUGAAGGACUUGGCAGGAAGUGGCGGCCAGCAGGACAGGCCUGGGGGCCGGGAGCCCAGGUCCUGCCAGCAGCUGCUGCGCCUGAAGGACCAGUGUCUGAUCAGCUGCUCGGUGCUCAGCCCCAGGGCAGGUGCCAGGGAGCUGGGGGAGUUUCAUGCCUUCCUUGUCUCGGAUCUACGGGAGCUCCGGGCUCAGGAUGGCCAGGGCAUCCUCCUGCUGCGGAUUCAGAACCCCUGGGGCCGGCGGUGCUGGCAGGGGCUCUGGAGAGAGGGGGGUGAAGGGUGGAGCCGGGUGGAUCCAGCAGAAGAGUCUGAGCUCCUGUCCCAGCUCCAGGAAGGGGAGUUCUGGGUGGAGGAGGAAGAGUUCCUCAGGGAGUUUGACGAGGUCACUAUUGGCUACCCAGUCACAGAGGCCGGCCACCUGCAGAGUCUCCACACAGGAAAGGUGCUCUGCCACACGCGGGCACUGCCCGGGGCCUGGGUCAAGGGACAGUCGGCAGGAGGCUGCCGGAACAACAGUGGCUUUCCCAGCAACCCCAAAUUCUGGCUGCGGGUCUCAGAGCCGAGCGAGGUGUAUAUUGCCGUCCAGCAAAGACCCAGGAUGCGCAUGGCAGACCGGGCAGGCCAGGCCCGGGUGCUGGUGGGUGACGACCGAACCUCAUGGAGCCCAGCGAGCUUCCCGGGCAAGGACUACCAGGCCGUGGGCCUGCACAUCUGGAAGGUGGAGAAGCGGCGGGUCAGCCUGCCCAGGGUCCUGUCCUCACCCCCCGUGGCUGGCACCGUGUGCCACGCGUAUGACCGGGAGGUGCACCUGCACUGUGAGCUCUCACCAGGCUACUACCUGGCCGUCCCCAGCACCUUCCUGAAGGACAUGCCGGGGCAGUUCCUGCUCCGCGUCUUCUCCACCGGGAGGGUGUCCCUCAGCACCGUCAGGGCUGUGUCCAGGAGCGCCACCCCCGGGGCAGCCCUGCCCACCGGGGAGUGGGGGACCGUGCAGCUGCGGGGCUCCUGGCGGGCUGGCCAGACGGCGGGGGGCAGCAGGAACUUUGCCUCCUACCCCACCAAUCCCUGCCUCCCCUUCUCCGUCCCCGAGGGCCCUGGCCCACGCUGCGUCCGCGUCACUCUGCGUCAGCACUGCCAGCCCAGGGGCAGCGAGUUCCACCCCAUCGGCUUCCACAUCUUCCAGGCAAGCUCCUCCCCCAGGGAGGCAUGGGGGGAGCCCCAGAGCAUUUGCAUCUUGGUCCAUGUUGUCCUGGCUCAGUCAUUCGGGCGCCUCAGCCAGGCUGGCUGGUCACACAGACCCAUCUCUAGGAUUGAAAGUCUGUAUUCACCGCGGUCGGCCCAGGCAGCCCUGUGUCCACCCGCCCUGGCUCAGGAUGACUGUCACAAGGUCCCUUCUCCCAGGACCCAGGGCUCUGCCGGCUGCUUUUGUGGCUGUGGCCCAGGAAGCGACUGCAGGGAGGUCCCGCCUGGGCCCUGCCCCGUGGAAUGGUCACACCCCCUGGAACCACCCGGGCGCAGCACCCGCUUCCCCGUGCCUGUGUCUGGGUGCUGGGCGUGGAGGGGAGGACCCCGCGGGCCGGGGGCUGCCUGCCAGGAGCCGGAAGAAGCAGUGGCCGGUUCCUGGUGAGGAGGGCACUUCAGGUGGCCAGAAGAGGGCAUGGCGGGCAGGUGGACUGCCUGGUAGUCUGCUGGGUGGGCUGCUGAAUCCAACAGGCAGGGGGGGCUUUCAGGUCAGGCGACAAACCAGGUGGGCAAGGAGCUGUGGAGCGAGCACUUGGCUACCCAGGGUGGGUCUGAAGCUGGCACCUGCGGCUGCAGGAGUCUGCAGGUGGGCUCAGCCACACACGGAGGGUCUCAGAUCCCAGACAGCAGGCAUGAAGGACACCGUCACUCCAUGCCGUGGUCGCCUGCAGAGGGAGGGCGGGAGGGCAGGAAGGGGAGGACAACCUCAUGACAGGAACCUUGAUGGCCAGGGAGCCAGCCCCUUUGCCCGGUGUUGUUACCUGCCGGGGAGAGGAGCUCGUGCAGGUGGGGAGGGUCGGCACAUCCGAGCCGGCACCAAGGCACCUUCCCCAGUCUGCUCUGCCCUGCCUGUCCCUGGUGACCAGACAAAGACCCUCAGCAGAUUUGUAAUUAGAGGAAGAGGGAGGGGUGACAUGCUGAAGCCAGGGCUUGCGGGCCCGGACUCCACAGUGACAGGCCGGGUUCCGCAUCCCACGAGGGCCAGGUGCGCUCUGGGGCCCAACCCAGGGGCUUGGGUGAAUGGGCAGGUGCCCAGAGGAGCACGUGGGCCGGAGGGCGUCCUGCAGCUGCUGCUGGGCACUGAAUGUGUGCCACAGUACAGGAGGAGCAGGUUCCCCUGAGCGAGAAGGUGCCCUGGCCCUCCGUUCCCAGAGCUGACGGGAGACCCCUGGAGUCCUACUCCUUGCUCCAGGCUACCAGUGCCCGGGGCCAGGCAGUGGUGGGUUUUUUAAAUAAAGCCCCCUGGUGAUCUGACGCUGCCAGGCCUGGGCCCAUCAAUGGCGCCUUCAGCAACAGUGACUGGGCCUUGGUGAGGAGGUGAGUCCCUCCUCCUCGGAGAAGGGCUGGGGGCAUCCAAGUAGCCGGCAGCUGGUACCCAUAGGACCCUGGGCCAUGCGCCCUCCACUGGGGCAGUGAGGAAGGGGAGCAGCCUCUGGGCUGUGCGCGCCCCGCCCCACGGCAGGCCCCCCAGUGUGAGCCUGUGCCCGCCAGGUUCCUGCGGGUGGCGAGAGCCCGGGCGCGCCCCCACUGCUGCUGCAGGAGCCGCUGCUGAGCUGCGUGCCGCAUCGCUAUGCCCAGGAGGUG